CCCUGUUCUCCCAGGUGCUGCAGUUGCCCCUCCGCUCCAGCAGGGGGCGACGUCGUGAUCACCAGCAGGAAACCGGCCGCUGCGUUCAAUAAUCCAACAUGUCUGCGCCCUGAAGGAUGCUGCUAACGGCGUGAAGGUACAGGACAAGUGACAGUGGAUGGAUUCUCAGCUGACUUGGAGGCAGAUUUAAAGCUUUUCGAGACAGACCAGGAUGUCAAAGAUCUCUAAGGCAGCUUCGGCUGUGAAGAAAUUGGAUGCCGGCAGUGUAAUCCGGGCUAUAGUGAGGUCAGGACAAGCGGUCCCUGGACCCCCACUAGGCCCCGUCCUCGGACAGAGAGGAAUCCCCAUCGGGCUGUUCUGCAAGGACUUCAAUGAGAGAACCAAGGAUCUGAAGGAAGGCAUCCCGCUCCCCGUCAGGAUCCAUGUAAAGCCUGAUCGAACUUAUGAACUGAAGAUCUGCAAGCCCACAGUGUCUUACUUCCUCAAGCAAGCAGCAGGCAUUGCUAAAGGGGCCGGCCAGACAGGCCACGAGGUAGCGGGGAUGGUGUCAGUGAGGGCGGUGUACGAGAUUGCACAGGUGAAAGCCGAGGAUGAUAGCUUCAAAUUGAGAAACACCACCCUUCAGACCGUCGUCAAACGCAUCAUCGGCUCGGCUCGUUCGCUGGGCAUCAAGGUUGUCAACGACCUCUCACCUGAAGAUUACAAAAUAUUCUUGGAGCGGCGAGAGGAGAAGUUGAAAGCUGAUGCAGAAGCCGCAGCCGCACAAUUAGCUUUGAAGGGCAAAAAGAAAUGAAGACCUGCAAUGUUUUAAAUAUUGACCCCCCCCAUUCCUAUUUGUAUUGAUUCUAUAUGUGAACUACAUUCAUACAGAAACACUGUGUGUGUCAGAACUUAAUAAACAGUUAGUUGUUAUGGGA